AUGACCAAUGGCAAGAGAGACCUCGAGUUCGGUUCGGUGAUGCCAUUCUCGAUGCGAGUUGGAUCAGCGAGUGGGUCUGCUGUGGUGACUGAGCAUGUACUUGUUGGACAUAUAGCCUUCAAUCUACCGAUGCUCAUUGUCGGGACAAUUCUAGCUGUGAUUCUGGCAGCGAUUGGCCUGUAUGUUCUCAUUUUGGGAGACGCGCGCGUUGGAGGUGCACCUAUCGAUGACGCCGGGCUACUAAGUCUUAUGGCGCUGGACAAUUCGUCCGUGGCUUCUCGCCUUGUCGGCCUGAAGUUCGGUACAUCGAGCGCACGCAGGCGGGCGGGAGCAUUUAUGGUCGAGAUCGUGGACGGCCGCCUUGCUCCUGUUGGAGACGUUGGAGAGGACGACCUGGACGAGAAGAGCAUGACGCUCUAA